CCCACUAGUUACUACACUGCAUAAGCUUUUUCAAAGAUUUUUAAUCAGCUGGGACUCAUUAUUCGUUGAAUUCCCGGACAACCAUGAGCUUGAGAGUGAAUAUUACAGGAAAAGAAUUGUUCAGAUCCGGAAAUAACUGGGGGCCGGUCAUGAAUGCUAUUAUCUGUACUGUUACUCUAAUCCUCAUAUUCGUGUCGAUUCUUCAACAAGAAAAGUUAUUCUUCAGGGUCUGAGUCUUGUUACUCGACUAUAUCAUAAUCUAUUUCUUGAUCAUCGGGAUUAAGAAGUCUGAUUGGAUGGCUAAUUACUGAGGAAUUAUAUGAUCGAUAAUCAUGUAUGUUCAGAUGACUGAAGUCAACCUCAAAUUCACUUAUUUCAGAAUUAACGAAGGGUUACUGAUUCAGAUAACUAUGUCGCUAGUAUUUGGCACAUGUGUGACUACAAACUGGAAGAUAGCGUGCAUAACCCAAGUACUGCUCCACAUCUACGGGUUCUUCAGAUUAAAGAGUAAAUUCGUCACUUUGAGUGAUUACUACUAUACCGGAUCUAUCUGCUCACUAGCGUUCUUCAUAGUUGGGGCUUAUUCCUACUCUAAUACUCUGAAGCAUGAGUUCAUUGCUAGCUAUAAGCAGAGGAAGACUCUUGAAGGCCAGAAGGCUAUGCUCGAUUGCGUCCCUGAAGGAGUAGUAAUUAUUAAUAACAACAAGGAGUUCAAAUACCUAAAUCCAAAAAUUAAAGAGACCUUGGACAUUGGAUCCUUCUAUAGGCCAGAUUCUGUCAGAGAUGAGCUGAAAGCAAACCAAUUUUUCAUAAAGAAAGAGCUGGAUAGGAUUAUUAAGAGGUAUUCGUUUGAGUACUCCAAUGCCCAUCUCAACCAGAAAAAUGACCCAGAUAAGUUUCUCACUGGCCUGUUCAAGGAAUUCACAGUUGAGUGAAAAGACUUCCAGGAUGAUCCCCAGCCUGUGGAUUUCGGUGAAAUUGAAGAGGAAGUACGGAUAGACAAGUUUGAAAAAUACCGUGAGGGCCAUCUUACACUAGCACAAUUUUUGGAAAAUGAGCGUAGCUCUAUCAUGGAGAGUGUUAAAUGCAGUAAGGAGACCAAGAUCAGUAUGAAAUAUGAUUUUGCAUCUUCUCGAUAUGAACAUUUGAAACGUGAAUUUAUAGUUAAAACAGCAAUGGUUGAUUCAAAUGAUAUUUUACAAACAGAUGUGCUUUUCAUGCAUAUGUUUAUCGAAACCACUCAAAUCAGUCAGCUCGAAGAGGCCAAAGCUCAGAAUCACUACCAACGCCAGAUGCUCUCCAAUGUGUCUCAUGAGUUCAGAACGCCUUUGAAUUCAAUCAUGGCUUCACUUGAGCUCAUGAGAAUUGAAGAAUAUGGAAAGGACAAUCGUUUUGUUCAAAUCGCUUCAUCUUCUUGAAACAUUCUUGCAAUGCUGGUUGAAGAUAUCCUGGACAAUGCAAAAAUUGAGUCCGGAGUCUUCCAAAUCAACGAGGAGGUCUUCACAAUAACCCAGUGUAUCAAUGAGAUACAGGAAGUGUUUACACUCCAAGCAGCUGGCAAAAGACUGGAGUUAAGAAUAAAUAUCCAGGAUAAACUAAAAGAGCUGCCAAUUUUGUCAGACAAAGGCCGGAUCAAACAGGUGAUCAUGAACCUAGUGUCUAACGCUCUCAAGUUUACAGACAGAGGAUCAAUUACAAUUGAAAUUCAUGAGAAGCGAAACCAAGAAGAGUCUAAAAUGUUUGGAAGUCUGGAUAGUUUGGAGGAGUCAAAAUUCCUAGAAAAUUCAAGAAUAUUGAGAAAUAUGAGAGAAAUUCCAGAUGAGAACAUAGAAUCAUCAAAUAGUAUUCUAAGUCGACAUGACUGUACUAAUUAUUUCUUUUAUACUAAUACAUCAAGAUUCGAAAAUGUCAACAAACCAGAGUCAGAAUUUCUAGAUACAAUAGACAUCACUCUCAAGGUGACAGACACUGGCAUCGGAAUCUCCAAAGUUGACCAGAAGUCUCUGUUCAAACUCUUCGGUAAACUCAGCUCGAACCAUAACAGAAACAAGACUGGUUGCGGGCUCGGUCUCACGAUUUGCAAGAAGAUUAUAGAGAAAUUGGGCGGGACAAUAAGCUUGCAUUCUGAAGAAAAUGUUGGUACUACAGUUGAGUGUCAUUUCACCUGAAAGUACUAAUUAAACUUAACUCUCUUAUAUCCAACA